UGAACCGGGAGUUGGGUGAGGUACUGUUGAGGGUGAGGGACCUGAGGGUCAAGUCAGGGAGGGGGACGCCGAAGGAGAAGGUGGGAGCAGGUCUGUUUCUGCGGGACAUGGCCAGGUGCCCGGAUCCAGUCGGUAGAUCUUGAGUGCAGAGCAGGAACUGGAGAUGUUGAUGCCCAGCAGCCUUAUACCAUCACGAUUUCUGACCCUCGUGGCUCAUUUUGUCAUUGUAGUUAAUAUCUUCUGGUCCAGGAUCGAUGUCGUGCAGAGGGUGGUCAUCAGUCCUCUGUUCAAGAUUCCUCUACCUCCCAGUAAGAAGCAUAUCAUUUCCUGCAACAUUUGUCACCGGCGGUUCAACUCCCAGGCAACCACAAAACAAGAAACCCAAAAGAACCCAAUUAAGAAAAGACCAACACCAAAUGCACAGAGAAAGAAAAGAAAAACGCAAGUCAUGGAAACAAUAAAAGCAAGCAACAGCGUACCGAACCAAAUCCCGGAGCAGCUGCAGCAAGUCCAUAGCCUUGGUCUCAGUACGUCACAUAGCAUGACAAAUCGCCGUGAAGCUCGCAGUCACGAAGCGCAUGUCACCCAGAGCAGUCUCUGGGCCAUGGAGAACGAAGGGAACACUGUGGAAGAGCAAGCGGAAUUGGCCCAACACUUCCCUCCGGUCUCAACACCCUGCCUUUCCAGUCUAUCUGGGCUGGUAUUUAAAUCGUCCAAACACCGGGUCAUGCUGUGCACUAGGACCUGGGCCGUGUUGCAGCAUUAUGCUCCCAGGCCUCACCUCACCGCAAUCGGCUCAGCGCUGAUCCAACCUCGCUCCCAGUUUAGGUGGAUGGGCACCGAAACUCCUUGACCAUGAC